AUGAGAUUAAAACGCAACUUAUCGCUUGAACAGGUUAGAAUCCCAGCACCAACAUCUUUUGUUACACAGGCUCUGUAUUUGGCAAAGGAAGCCGGAAUUGUAACUAAAACCGAGAUUCAAAAGCUAAUAAUAUCAUCUCCAUCAUUUUCCCGGGACAAGUCGCCAUUUUUGAUCAACAACUUUUACAAGCAGUCCCAAAAUACUCGAGAGACUCAGGAAGAAUCCGAAAAUGGCUCAGACGAGAACAAAAAGGCCGAGUUCAACAUGCACAUAGAGCCAGAAGCUGAAAUUUCAAGAAUAGAUAAAGUUAUCGCAUCUAAGAUGGACCCUGAAGCCCUCAAUCUUUUCUGGCAUAAUAACUACUGGUGGAAGGUCCAGGCUGAGGCUUACGGAACCUGCAAGAGAGCCACCAGCCAUGUCAUUCUCAAAAGGGGCUCCGGAACAGUAAAAGUCAACGGGGAGGAGGACAUUUACAAGAGGUGGCCCAUAUUCUACAAUCGCAUGGACGUUGUCGAACCUUUUUACACUGCCGGAUGCGCCGGUCUCUACGACCUCUUCAUAAGAACCAAGGGCAGCGGCCCUUCUGGACAGUCUAGGGCCACCAGACUCGCCGUCGCGCGCGCUCUCGUGAACGCCAAUCCCUCUCUGCACUGCUACUUGAAAGGUUCGACACCUUCUUUUAAACCCUGUUUAGAUGCUCUUUAUGAGGACCUCAGACAGAAGAUGCCUAAGAUGCCUGGCAGAACUGGAGCUAGAUCUCAACGUCAGUGGGUUAAAAGAUGA